AUGAGUGAGCUACGGCAGCGGCGUCGUCAUCGUCGUCAUCGUCGUCAUCGUCGGCAUCGUCGGCAUUGUCAUCGGCCGAGAGCGCACCAUCCCGCACGGCACCAGCGCCGCAACCGCAGCCCGCGCUCGGCGGCCGCCCGCUUCCUGGCGGAGCUGUCGGGCGGUGGAGUUCGUCGCCUCUGGGUCAUCAAGGCGCCCGAGCCGACGGACGGAUACUUCCGCCUUAUGGAGAGCCUCAUGAAGGCGGAUGUCUACUGCGAGCUGGCGGAGAGGCACUUCCACCAGCUGGUGUUGUUUGAGAGCGGAGGCGGCGGAGGCGGCGUCUCCCGGCGCAUCACGGACGAGGGCCGUGUGGUGCGCGCCGGCGUGAGCGCUGAGCUGGUGCCCAGGCUGCUGUCCUACCUGAACUUUGAGAAGGGCAAGUUCGGCAUGCUCCUGCUGCGCAAGAACCUGCAGGUGCAGGAGCGGUACCCCUACCCGGUGAGGCUGGAGGCCAUCCUGGAGACGGUGGACCGCCUGCCGGCGCGGCGCAUCGAGAAGUUACGCCAGCGUGGCUUCGUGGAGCGGUGCAAGGCCGCGGGAGUCGAGGGCCAGGACGGGGGCGGGGGAGCGGGGGGCCGCGGGGAUGCCCGCCUCGCGCCAGGCAGACGAGGUGGUCAGCCGGCGGGUCGGCAGGAGGGUCAGCCGGCGGGUAGACAGGAGGGUCAGCCUGCGGGUAGGCAGGAGGGUCAGCCAGCGGGUAGACAGGAGGGUCAGCCAGCGGGUAAGCAGGAGGGUCAGCCUGCAGGUAGACAGGAGGGUCAGCCGGCGGGUAGGCAGGAGGGUCAGCCGGCGGGUAGACAGGAGGGUCAGCCAGCGGGUAGACAGGAGGGUCAUCCGGCAGGUCGGCAGGAGGGUCAGCCUGCGGGUAGACAGGAGGGUCAGCCUGCGGGUAGACAGGAGGGUCAGCCUGCAGGUAGACAGGAGGGUCAGCCGGCGGGUAAGCAGGAGGGUCAGCCGGCGGGUAGGCAGGAGGGUCAGCCGGUGGGUAGACAGGAGGGUCAGCCUGCAGGUAGACAGGAGGGUCAGCCGGCGGGUAAGCAGGAGGGUCAGCCGGCGGGUAGGCAGGAGGGUCAGCCGGCGGGUAGGCAGGAGGGUCAGCCGGCGGGUAGACAGGAGGGUCAGCCUGCGGGUAGGCAGGAGGGUCAGCCGGCGGGUAGGCAGGAGGGUCAUCCAGUCGGUAGACAGGAGGGUCAGCCGGCGGGUAGACAGGAGGGUCAGCCGGCGGGUAGGCAGGAGGGUCAUCCAAUGGGAAGACAGAAUGGUCAGCCAGUGGGAAAACAGGAGAGCCAGCCAGUGGGUAGACUGAAUCUUCAGCCAGUAGGUAGGCAGGAGAGCCAGCCAGUAGGUGGAAAGGAGAGUCAGCCAAUGGGCCAACAGAAUGGUCAGCCAGUAGGUAGGCACGACAGCCAUCCAGUAGGUAGGCAGGAGAGUCAGCCAGUAGGUCGGCAGAAUGUUCAGCCAGUAGGUAGGCAGGAGAGCCAGCCAAUAGGAAGGCAGGAGAGCCAGCCAAUAGGAAGUCAGGAGGGCCACGGCAGCCAGGAGUCCCAGAGCAGGCAACAGGGACAGGAGGAGGAGGAAGAGGAGGAAGAGGAGAAGGUGGCGGAGAGGAAGGAGAUGCUGCGCCGGUUGAUCAUCAGCCGGCUAGAGAGGCUGCGUGGUGCUGCAGGUGGUGGUGAUGAUGGUGCUGGUGGUGGUGAUGGUGCUGGUGGUGCUGGUGGUGCUGGUGCUGGUGGUGGUGCCGGUGGUGGUAACGGCUCACCUAUUAUCGCAACGCGACCGACAACCACAACAACCACAACAACCGCCGCCACCACCACCACCACCACCACCGCCACCACCACGGCGGUGGCGGCGGCGGUGGCACCGACCCGGGAGGUCGCGACCGCUCCGCCGGCUCCCACCGCGCCCGCUCGGCGUCGCCCGGCGCCCGGCGUCGUCGUCGCCGCGGCGACGACGCCGAGGGCCUCCGACGACGGCCGCGGCGACGGCGAGACCGGGCGGCGCGGGCUCGGCGGGGGGGGGGUCGCGGGAGAGGAGCGGGGGGCGAGCCGGAAGGAGGCGGCACAGCCGGAGGCGACGGAGACGGGCGGCGGGCGACGAGGCGGCGGCGGCGGCGGCGGCGGCGACGAGCGGGUGGACAAGGGGAAGAAGGAGGUGGCGGUGGAGGUGGAGGUGGCGGCGGUGGCAAGCAGCGGCGGUGGCGGCGGUGGCGGCGGCGGUGGCGGCGGCGGCGGCGGCAAGAGGAAGCCGGCCGCGGGCGUCGCCACCGGCGUCAAGGGCCGAGCCGAGGAGGUGGAGAGACGCACGCCGAGACCGCCACCGCAGGCCAAGCCCGGAGACAGGAGGGCCGGGAAAGGAGGAGGAGGUGGAGGAGGAGGUGGAGGAGGUGGAGGAGGAGGAGGAGGAGGUAAGAAAGCCGCCGCCAAGAAGGAGAAGAAGCGGAAGAAGCCGGAGAGGAAGCCGGCGACACGUUCGCUCCCCGCCUUCCUGCAGCAGUUCCACAACAAGCGGCGACUCCUGCUGCUGACCGCCCCGAGCGAGCGCAGUGCCAUGUACACGCAGCAGCGUGACGAGUACCUGGAACACGUGUGCCGGAUGGCCCUUCGCAAGAUCACCAUCCUCACCAUGAUCGGCAACCUCACCUCCAGUUCCUUCAGGAUGGACCACUACCAGAUGGAGAACGAGAAGUCCCUGCGGAUCAGCGAGGGGCUUCCCUCCGACCUCGUGGUGGAGCUGCGCAAGGAGUUUGGGAUGACCUACAACCACUUCUUCAUGGUGCUCACCGACCUUGACAUGAAGGUCAAGCAAUACUACGAGGUGCCGAUCGCGAUGCCCGCCGUCUUUGCGCUGGUGGACACCUUCCCCUCGCGCCUGCGGGAGAUGGAGCGCCAGAAGCGUGAGGGCACCGCCUGCGCCCAGGAGGACCGCCCCCGCUCCCUCGAGAACUUCCUCGCCCGAUUCCGCUGGCGCCGUCGUCUCUUUGUGAUCUCGAGCCCCUCGGACGAGGACUGGAGCUACCAGCAGCAGCUGUACUCACUCAGCGGCCAGGCCUGCAACCUCGGCCUGCGUCACAUCGCCAUCCUCAAGCUGCUGGGGCUGAACGCGGACGCGGGUGGCGUAGUUGAGCUCUACUCCAUCAACGGCAGCUCCAAGGUGGAGCGCGAGGGGGUGCCGGCCUCGCUGGCGCGCGACAUUCGCAACUACCUCCAGGUGAGCGGCGACCACUUCUCCAUGCUGCUGCUGGGCAAGGAUGGGAGUGUGAAGUCGUGGUACCCGUCGCCCAUGUGGUCCAUGGCCAUCGUCUACGACCUCGUGGACUCCAUGCAGCUGCGGCGGCAGGAGAUGGCCAUACAGCAGUCGCUGGGCAUGCGUUGCCCCGAGGUGGAGUACUCCCCCUACACCUACCACCAGCACCACCACCAGCACCACCAGCAGCAGCAGCAGGAGGAGGAGGAUGAGCAGGAGGAGUCACGGCGCUACCGCACGGGCCACGGUCACGACUACUGAAGCGGUUCGCGGGGUGGGGGUGGU